UGCUUCUCAUGGGAGAGGGAAGGGGAGAGAAGGGCUUCUGCAGAGAGAGGCUGGGACUGAGCUGAGGUGGCUCCUGGGCUUGGAGCUGGGCAGCGUGUGCUGGGCCAGGAGGUGCCUUGGCUUGCCCAUGGUUGGGUGCAGAGCUGCUGCUCACGUGUCCCAUCAUCUGCUUGCCCCUGCCCUGUCUCCAGGUGAAGCUCUACCAUCGAGCCAUGUCCUGCUGCAACCCGUGCGUGCCCUGCCAGCCCUGCGGCCCGACCCCGCUGGCCAACAGCUGCAAUGAGCCCUGCGUCAGGCAGUGCCAGAGCUCCACCGUUGCCAUCCAGCCCUCCGCCGUGGUGGUGACCCUGCCCGGCCCCAUCCUCAGCUCCUUCCCACAGAACACCGUUGUGGGCUCCUCCACCUCCGCUGCCGUUGGCAGCAUCCUCAGCUCCGAGGGAGUGCCCAUCAACUCCGGGGGCUUUGACCUCUCCUGCAUCACCAACCGCUACUGCCGCAGACCCUGCUAAAGGUGAUGGCUGCGUCCUCAGGCAGGAACAUCCAAGACCUCACAACAUGGAUCUGGACAGGAGAUAGAGCUUCACGGCGCUGUUUCCUUCUUCCA